AUGGCGCUGGGCGGCGCUGAUUGGGCCGUGGCCCGGCCUGCAGCGCUCUGUGCCGAUGCCUCUGAGCUCAAGGCUGCUCGAGAUGCCGCCGAUAGUCUGGAACCAGAGGUGAAACUUGGCACGUCGGUUGUCGAGUUGACAACUGCUAGGCAGACAGCAUCUGUGCCGAAACAGUACAGCAGCAGUACGGCACAAACGUGUUGCAAUUCAUUUACCCAUCUAGGCGCCUUCAAUAGUAUCCAACACUCGCAGCAUCAUCCAUCAAACUUGGCCGCUAUGGCUCUUCUCUUAUACCGCCAUGAGAAAAUCUCAACCACUCACGCACUUUGCACGGUGCACCGCUACAAGGGGCAGGCUGCGGAUAUUCGGUACCUAGAAUGCCCAUGGCUUGUCCUUUUGCGCUCCUUCAUCGGACUUCCACGUAAUGCCAGCGCCGACCUUGGCGUGAGUCUGAAUGUCCUCGUCGGCACUCUCACCAGAAACCCUCCGUCGGGGCCAAGGCAAGACAACGGCAAGGUACCAGCAGCGCCUGUACUCGGCACGUACUGUAGUCCAUUAUCCAUCCUCUUUGUGCGAGCAUCCGCACGCAGCUCAUAUUCGCCGCUAAUCGCUUGCUCUGCUGGGGCUCUCCCACCCUCCUUCGCCUGGCGCCAUGCCCGGUUGGGAGGCUCGCUCGACGCCACAGAGGAAUGGAAUUCCGCCUCCCCUGCCACCGGACCAAGGAACCUAGCCUAA